UGUGGAACUUUUCCAUGAAAACAGUAUAAAUAUAGUGUUGUUGUACGAAACUAUACAUUAUUGUAUUCUACAACUAAAAUAAAAUGCGUUCAUCGAUCUUCAUAUUUUUUGCUGGCGUCUGCGCACUCCACAUUCAGUCAUCAUUUGCUGGAGUGAAGGAGAGAAUUGAAGCGUUGGCGAAAACCGGUACAAGAUCUGGUGUGCUACAAAAAGAUCAUUUGCUAUCUGGAGCGGUCGACAAAAAGUUUUCAUUAACAUUUAAUUGCACUUCACUAGAAUCUGUUACGCUCAAACCAGUUCCCGUGAAUGCUCAAUUAAAUCAACUCAAGAGUUAUAUUGGUAAAGUUGCUGAUAAAGCUCUUCAAUCGAAGUUGAAUUCAUUCUAUAGUUCGGUCAAUCAAUUUUCACACAUGAUGCAAACGCUGAAAACAGCAAUGGGAGAGUAUAAAAAAUGCUGUGAAUUAUACCAAACAAAACAAAAACAAUUCCUGGAUUCCAUACAAUCGGAUAAAGAUAAAUUGGGACAGAGUUUGGUGAAAAUUCAACCAUUCGAAUCAGAUUUAUUGCAUCAUUUUAUUAAUUUACAAAAAGUAGCAACAGAGCUGAAGGUAACCAUUGAUAGUUAUGCGGCUGAAAUUAAAUCAGUAAUGACUAAAAUUGAUGAAAUAAAUUCCGCAAAACCAAAAGAUAAGCCAAAACAUACAGCACAAUUAAAUGAAAUUAUGGACGGAAUUGCCCGCAGUGACGUAAUUAAGAAUCUAAAUAAUGAUGUUUAUAAGAUUGUUAAUGAAAAAUGCCCAAAUAUCAUCAGCUUCUAUGAUGGAUUGAAGCAUUGAAAUUUAAACAAAAUCAUCGAAGCAUAAAAAUCAAUGAGAAAAACAUAAAUUUAUAACGAUUGAAAUUGAAUUUCAUUGUUAACAUUAAAAAUUUGAUAGUUUGAAGAGAUUAGAAAGUUCAAAUGUUACAACACAUUUCCAUUUUUUAAAAUACAUUUCGAAUAUCCAAUAAAAAUGAUAAAA